ACAUUAAUUUUGGGGCUACGUUCAGAAUAGCAUCAUCUACAUGGGCAUUCCCUCUUCCUACAAUUUCAGAAAAUCUUUGAUAACUACUUGAGAAAAUGCAGAAGAUCUUGCAAACAGAUGACAUUACCAAAACCCAAGCUUUUAGAAAAGGAAAGAGGAAAAGAACAGAGACAAUGGACUCAGAGAAUGCAAAUAGUGACAUGGAUAAAGGACAGAGAGACCCAUAUUCAGGAAAUGCCUUUCUGCCUGGUGAGAGCUCCAGUGAGGAUGAAGAGCCUUUAGCAGAAUUGUCAAAGGAGGAAUUGUGCACAAAAAUAAAAAGCCUGAAACAAAAACUAACAAACACCCGGAAAGAAAACAGCCGACUUCGACAGUCUUUGGUCAUGCUUCAAGUGUUACCACAAGCAGUCACCCAGUUUGAAGAAUUGGUUGGUAUGGCAGAGGCCCUGCUUAAGGGUGGAGGAACCAUGUCCACAUCUGCAUCUACCCUCUGGAGAGCAACAAACAACUCCUCACCAGAUUCUUUUGCCUCUACGUGCAGUAAUUCUAACUCUAAUUCCAGUUCACCGAUUUCCUUGAAAGCUGAAGAAGAGCAUCAUACUGAUGAGAAACAGUUCAAGAUUGAAAAAUGGCAGAUUGCCCGUUGUAACAAGAGCAAGCCUCAGAAGUUUAUUAAUGAUUUAAUGCAAGUACUCUACACAAAUGAGUACAUGGCCACACACAGCCUGACGGGGGCGAAGUCCUCUACUUCGAGGGACAAAGCCGUAAAACCAGCUAUGAAUCAGAAUGAAGUUCAAGAAAUCAUAGGAGUCACAAAACAGUUAUUUCCCAACACAGAUGAUGUUUCAAUUAGGAGAAUGAUAGGGCAAAAGCUAAACAACUGUACCAAGAAGCCAAAUUUAAGCAAAAAUCUGAACUCUCAGGACAUUAAGUAGAUCCUUUCGGUAACUGAAAUAAAACACCUUCAGUUCUGAAUCUAACACUGGAUUUUGUUGGAGAAUCUGCAACCUCCCUGGCGGUGAGCACAGAGACACAUAGUGACUGGCUGUGAGACAUCUGUAAUAUCGCUGGCUCUUGAUGGAGCAACGAGCUUGCUGAAGAAGCUGCAUGUAGAUUCCAUCAUUAAUAUCAGUGAUGCAUCAAACCAGAGAAUUUCUAGCAGUCAAUUCAGCAUGCAAUAUGGUUUCUUGGAAAUAAUGCAUUUUCCUGUCCCCAAAUGUUUCUCUGCACAGCUAACAACACAAUAGAACUCAUCAUAGCAACAAAAACUUCAGCCCCUAAGAUUUGUCAUUGUCCUUUCAAUCACUGUACAUUUAUUAUUACCAAUGACUCCCCAUUUUAGUUUUUGGAUCUUUAGCAUAAGCACAUGUUUGGAAAAGUAAACAGUGAAAUAAUCAAUGUUCAUGAAUGUGAGGGAAGCAAAGUUGGCCUAAAAUCUGAUAAUCAUAUCUAACCAAGUAAUGGUGUUUUCGCAAUGAAAUUACAGGAUUAUUCUGUUACCUAAAAAUGUAUAAAAUAAGAAUCCAAAAAAAAAGCAGCAAGACCUUUUUAUUUUAAUAUAAAACUAUUCCACUGCACUCCUGAAAAAGAAAUAAACCCAGGCUUUUGUGAGUAUUAAAACAAUGCAUCGAUUUGAAAUUUUUUUAUUUGUUUAUAUGCUUCUAACUUUUUAUUGCCAAGUACAUUAAAUACAGAUAUGUAAUAUAAACACAAAUAUCAUCUAAAAUAUCCUAUAUAAGAUAACAUCCUAUGUAUUUGGUUGGUUUUAUUGCUACACUGCUUAGUUUUAACUGGUCUGAUUUCAUAGUAUCAGAAGAAAAAAGAAUUGGGAACAAAAUCUCAUGGGUUGGAUAAUCACAUAAAAAGAAAAAUACCAUUUUGUAAAUGAAUGAAAGAUAAAAAUUCUUCAUCAAGAGGCUUCUCCUGUGAUGUCAGGUUGUCACACACAACAACUUUGCAAUAACAAGCCAUGCUUCUUCAAUGUACAAGGUCAUGUUUAAACUUGGAAAAGAGGAUGCAUGUAAUAGCUGGGAAGUUCAGAACUGUGGACCCAGGGAACAUUCCACAUAAUGCUGCUUGAUAACAAUGUGGUCGUACAAAAUAAAUAUGAUUAAGGAAAUAACUUAUGUUAACAUUUGCUACUUUUACUUAAAUAUAAAUAAAUCUCAUU